CUGAACGGCUGCUUUACUUUAUUUUUCUAGUACAGUUUUUGCCAGUUUCACGUCUUACUUGGAGGACGGGAGUUGAGCAGGUUGUUUCUAAGUUGUUUGGGCCAGAAGUUGACAACGACAAGAUGGUCAAGGCUGAAAUUUCGCUAUUUCUACUAUGUGCUCUGUCACAAGCCACCGGCUGUUUCCAGCUCAUCACCCCAUCUAAGUGGGGUGCCAGGCCUGCCAACUGUUCAGCCCCAUUGAAGGACAUCCUACCUGAAAAUGUCGUCAUCAUCCACACGGCUGGCACUCCUUGUCAAACAAAAGAAGAAUGCAGCAGGGAAACCAAAAACGUGCAAGACUACCACCUGGGGAUCAAACGCUGGUGUGACAUCGCCUACAAUUUCCUGAUUGGCGAGGAUGGGAAUGUGUAUGAAGGGCGGGGCUGGCGUGCCGAAGGAGCACACACCCUUGGCUACAAUGACUUGUCGCUGGGAAUCGCUUUCAUUGGCCUCUUCACAGACAGGUCUCCCAAUGAAGCAGCAUGGAAAGCCCUGAAGUGCUUGCUUGACUUCUCUGUGAAGAUAGGCUACCUGCACCCUGACUACCUCUUAAUGGCUCACAGCGAUGUCAGUAAUAUCAUAUCUCCCGGAGACCCCGUCCGUCAAGUGAUUUCGAAGUGGCCGCAUUAUAAGCACCAGUGAGAGCUGUUCCCGGAUUCCCCUACCAUUCUUCUUCAACUGUGGCUUCUGUAGUUCUGAGAAGGGCUUUUAAAGAAAUGAAGUAUCAGCUAUGGAUUGGGAAAAGAAAGAAUUUAUGUGGGUACAUUAUACAGGGAAAACACUCUGUUGAUGCUGGCCCCAAAGCAAGGACUAAAGACUCCAGACUGUGUACAUUUGCUUUCAAUGGGGGAUCCUUUUUCUCUACUGGGACAGGGAAGUGCUUUGGAUUGAGAAAAGAAAUAAAAAUGUGGCAGCAGUAUGAUUUUUUUCUUCCUCCAAAUAGUUCAGAAGCAGCAUAGAAGGUCCUCCUAUUGCAUCCUAGAUCAGGUUGAAUGAUAACUUGUCUAACUAACAAUGCAAUCUUAAGAAAAGUUAUGCUCUUUUGAGGAAACUGAAAUCACUGGGUUUAGAAUGGUGUGCCUCUAUUAAAGAUUGCAGGGCCACUGAACAUCAUCAUCAUCAUCAUCAUCAUCAUCAUCAUCAUCAUCAACAACAACAACAACAACAACAACAACAACAACAACCAAUCUAUACACCGCCCUUCAGAACAAUUCAGAACACCCCACCUUUGGGGUGGGGAAGGUUCUCCCCACCACUGCACCUUGUUAAUUUGUUUUAUUUGUAUAUUGAUUUUAGUUUUUGUUUUUAUCGAUUUUAACUGUUCACCGCCCAGAGCCCCUGGGGAUGGGCGGUAUAUAAAUUGAAAAA